CAACACUCGCUGGUUUUAUUCGGUCUUCGGCAGUCGCGCAUGCCGCACGUGGUCCCUGGUCUUCACGUUAGUUUACACACACGUUACGUUAACGUUACUUUACGAAACGCCGCACUCUUGCUUCGCUCCCUUCGUUCCAUCGGGGGUGUCCGUUCAACAAUUUCCUUCCACGACGAUUGGCGUAUUAUCGCUGACCUGUGUCUGUGCAUCGAUCAAACCACUAAACCACAACAGCUCUUUCACGAUUUUUCGCAUAGGGCAGUAACUCUUCGACCAUGGAUAGAUACGUUUUAUUGGCUCUCUGCCUAGCAGGAAUCUGCAUCGGUCUGACGGAAUGCAAAUCCAAGAAGAACCACGAUCUUCUCACCAAAAUUGGACUGGCACGAGUCCGGGCACCGAACAGCCAUUACAGGAAACGACUUGCGGACGAAUCCAGGCACCACAGCAGAUCCGACGAUUCCCACAUGUUCGUCAUCAAGUUACCACCAAACCCGCAUUACUACGUCCACAACAGACCCAACUCGUACAUGGAACCAGAGAAUAAAGUUCCAGUAGGUUUCAAGAGCAACGGAAAACCGGGAAAGAUCUACCAUUGGAAUAUACCUGUCAUCAAGAAGAUAGCCCAAUCCAAAGCCAAAUCGAGGAAGAGCGACGAUUCGAUGAUUGUGGACAUCAAGCAUACAAACUGGAACGACGUUUUGGAUAAACCCUUGACGAAUCCUAGCAGCUACAAGAAACCCUCGUACUACGUUCCGGCGAAGCUGAAGAAGUCAUCGUUCUUCAAGUACUUCCCAGGAAACGGAAAACCGAAAUCCUUCUACGUGAUCGAAAAGAACAAGAGGAAGGCGCAUCGCCACAAGCUGCUCGAUUGAAAUGGCUAAAUAUAUAUAAAUGUAUACACUAUUUAAUGAAAGGAAAUCGAAAAGACUUUGUGCAAUACGAGUGCUGGUUAUAUAUAAAAAAUAAGAAAACAUACAAUAUAAAUAUAUUUUUGUGAUUAUAUAACAAUUUAUCUGUUCUCCUUCUACAAGUUCGUUUUCGGCAUAUCAAUUAACAUAGGUUAAGACCUUUCCACACUGGAGGAUCAUUACAUAACAAGAAAUAUAUGAUUACAACAAAAGCACGAACGAUAUUUGAAACAAUGUAAAUAAAUUUGUAAAACUCGUCAACAAUUCAUA